CUUUCUUUAUCAACAAGUCGACUCCCUCUUGAAACGGAAACCGGCGUCGUUUGAGGCUCUCCGCGGGCAACCGCCUCCUUUCUUUCACGCUUGCAUCACAAUUGUAAUCACAGGCGCACGUAAUGGCGUGAAUCACACAUUCCAAUUUAAAUUCAACUCGCCUGUCUUGCUUCGGGGAAAAAACACAAGAGAGGAUAAAGAUUCCGAAUUUGAAUGGUUCACGCGUGUUUAGCUAAAGCCAACAUUGCUUCCUUCUCCAUUUUAGGGUUUUAAGCAGUCAGCAGCAGAAGAGGAAAGAGUAUCAAAUUGCCCUUCCAUCGUUCCUUCUUAAUCAGCCCCACGAAAUCUUCUUCUUUCAAAAUAAUGGAAGGGAAGAAUCCAGUGCGGUUUACGUUAGGAAAGCAAUCGUCACUAGCACCGGAGAGAGAUCGAGAAGAAUCUGAUUUUGAUAUGGAUGGAGUUGAUCCAGGAGUGAGGCUAAUGUACUUAGCUAAUGAAGGAAAUCUAGAAGGGAUCAAAGAUUUGGUGAAUUCUGAUGUUGAUGUUAAUUUUCGUGAUAUUGAUGGCCGUACUGCCCUUCAUAUUGCUUCUUGUCAAGGCCUCACUCAAGUUGUCGAUCUUUUGCUCGAUCAUGGGGCCGAAAUUGACCCCAAGGAUCGUUGGGGUAGCACUCCUCUUGCAGAUGCUAUAUUUUACAAAAACCAUGAUGUGAUCAAACUCUUGGAGAAACGUGGUGCAAAACCUCUGAUGGCUCCUAUGCACGUUAAGCAUGCACGUGAGGUCCCGGAAUAUGAAAUCAAUCCUGACGAACUGGAUUUCACUAACAGUGUGGAAUUAACUAAGGGAACCUUUUGUGUAGCAUUAUGGCGAGGAAUUCAGGUUGCUGUUAAAAAGCUUGGUGAGGAGGUGCUUUCGGACGAGGAUAAAGUGAGAGCAUUCAGAGAUGAACUUGCAUUGCUUCAGAAAAUACGGCAUCCAAAUGUGGUCCAGUUUCUGGGUGCUGUUACUCAAAGUAGUCCAAUGAUGAUCGUGACUGAAUAUUUACCCAAGGGAGAUUUUUGUGCGUUCUUGAAAAGAAAAGGAGCAUUAAAACCAAUAGCAGCUGUGAGACUUGCACUUGAUAUUGCAAGGGGAAUGAAUUACUUGCAUGAGAAUAAGCCGGUACCAAUAAUUCACCGUGAUCUUGAGCCUUCAAAUAUAUUGCGGGAUGAUUCUGGGCAUCUGAAAGUCGCAGACUUUGGAAUUAGCAAGUUGCUUACAGUUAGAGAAGAAAAACCUCUAAUUAGUCAUGACAAUUCCUGGCGGUAUGUGGCUCCAGAGGUUUUCAAAAAUGAAGAAUAUGAUACUAAAGUAGAUGUUUUUUCCUUUGCUUUAAUCCUACAGGAGAUGAUUGAAGGCUGCCCACCAUUUUCUGCUAAACAAGAACAUGAGGUUCCUUCAGCUUAUGUGGCAAAAGAGCGUCCGCCUUUUAGAGCUCCAACAAAGUCCUAUGCACAUGGACUUAAAGAGUUAAUUCAGGAGUGCUGGCAUGAGAAUCCAGCUAAGCGACCAACUUUCAGGCAGAUACUAACAAGACUGGAUGCCAUUCAAAACAGUAUUGGUCAUAAGAGGCGUUGGAAGGUUUCUCCUCUGAAUUUGUGUCUGGGGAUACUGUACUUUACCUGAGGUGAGACCACUGAAAUGCUUUCAGAAUCUGGAGGCAAUGUUAAAGAAGGAUCGUAGUCUAAGCCACCGCAGCUCACGUUCUUACAGCAGUAUAUGAAUAAGCAAGAGUUUGUUACCCACUUAGCUUUUAUAUGUGCAGAGAUUUUUAUCAAGCAUUGGUGAUCAAAGGAUUAUUUUACUAGUUUAGAGCGCAGCUUUCCUGCCUGUGUAAUUCCAUUUGCAAUCGGAUUUUCGUUGUUUGAUAUUUAUCAACUCUCCCAGUGAAAUUGUGGGUUGAGAAACAAACUCCAUAUAUCAUUCACUGUUGUAGUUCAAAACACCCUGGCUUCUCAAAUAUGUACAUCAUGAGUGCUAUAAAUUUCUUUAUCCUGAUUAAAAUUUAUUUUGCUAAUCUUUGAUGUGGA